GUCCGUCUCCUCACAAGUGAGUGGGGAAGCUGUGGGGCCAUAGCAAAUUAAAGAAAGCCUGCAUCAUUGACAGACCUGUGAACUGCCACAUGUGUCGUCUGUCGGCAGGUUGAGUGUAGAUGACUGCAGAGUGUCGGUCCACCUGAAAGACACCAGUGGACGCGUGCACAUUUAUGGACUAAAACCAGUCCUAACCCACCAUCAUGUCGGGAAAGUCUGGGAAAAAGAAGUGGGCGGCAGUCAGGGAUCGCCUGGGCUCCUCGCAGGACUCUGACACCCCGCAGGAGGCCAAUCUGGAAAGUGCCGACCCAGAGUUGUGCAUCAGACUGCUGCAAGUUCCCACUGUGGUCAACUACUCAGGGCUGAGGCGUCGCCUGGAAGGCAGUGACCAGACAUGGAUGGUCCAGUUCCUGGAGCUGAGUGGGCUGGAUCUGCUCCUCGAGGCCCUGGAUCGCCUCUCGGGGAGAGGAUGCUCUCGCAUUGCAGACGCCCUGCUGCAGCUCACGUGCGUCAGCUGCGUCCGGGCAGUUAUGAACUCCUCUGCCGGGAUUCACUUCAUUAUAGACAAUGAGGGAUACAUUCGGAAGCUCUCACAAGCCUUGGAUACUUCCAACACCAUGGUGAAGAAGCAGGUGUUUGAGCUCCUCGCAGCCCUGAGCAUGUUCUCAGCAGACGGACAUCGGCUGGCUCUGGAUGCCCUGGACCAUUAUAAGGGCGUGAAGACGCAGCAGUAUCGCUUCAGUGUGAUCAUGAACGAGCUGCAUUCGACGGACAACGUCCCCUACAUGGUCACGCUCCUCAGUGUCAUCAACGCCCUCAUUUUUGGAUCGGACGACCUCAGGCAGAGAGAUAAGAUGAGAAAGGAGUUUGUCGGACUUCAGUUACUUGACAUUCUGCCAAAGUUAAGGGAGCAGGAGGAUGAAGACUUGAUGAUUCAAUGUGAAGCUUUUGAAGAGGCAAUGGCUGAAGAUGAGGAGGAGCUGCUGCGGGUGUACGGCGGCAUAGACAUGAGCAAUCACCUGGAGGUCUUUACGACACUCUUCAGCAAGGUGAGCAGCUCGCCAGCCUCUCUGCAGCUGCUGUCCAUCCUGCAGACACUGUUGGUGCUGGGUCCCAGUCGCUCCGAUAUCUGGCUGGCUCUGGAGGCCAUUACCAACAGAGCCUUCCUGCUGGCCCAGGACUCUCAAAUGGAGUCGUGUGAGAGGAUCAUGCAGCGGCUGCUCUUCUCCAAAGACAAGAGCCGUGAGGUGUGUCAUGAAGUGGACGGGCGACCCGUCAGACUGGAUAAGGCGGUGCAAACUGAUCUGGAUAAAAGGCAGCCAGACACGUGCACCGCAGCGUCCCCUCAGAAGCCACUCUGUGUCCCACCACCUCCUCCUCCUCCACCCCCACCACCACCUCUACCAUCUAACAGGUGUCCGCCCCCACCACCACCACCACCACCGCCGCCGCCGCCACCUCUACCUGGAGGGUUUGGUGGCCCUCCACCACCUCCUCCCUUACCUGGCAUGCCACUGCCCUUUGGACCAGGCAUACCUCCUCCUCCACCUCCUCCACCGGCGCUACCAGGGAUGGGAGGACCACCACCGCCGCCUCCUUUACCCGGCAUGCCACCUCCACCUCCUCCUCCCCCGGGCAUGAUAGUGGCUCAGAGUAGCCAGUUCCUGGGCUGCACUGCACCUGCGAAAACAAACCGAUGUCCCACUCUCAGGAUGAAAAAGCUCAACUGGCAGAAACUCCGAGCCGUCACUGAUGGUCCCUCCAUGUGGGCCUCGGUUCAGAAAGAGCCUCCUCCUCGCGAGCCGGACUACAGCAGCAUCGAGCAGCUGUUCUGUCUCCCGGUGACCGAGCACAAAGACAAGGGGGCAGCUGCUCCUGUCAAGAAGGAGCCUAAAGAGAUCACAUUCAUUGAUCCAAAGAAAAACUUGAACCUGAACAUAUUUCUAAAGCAGUUCAAAUGUACAAAUGAGGACUUUGCAGCCAUGAUUCAGAAAGGGGACAGGACUCGGUUUGAUGUGGAGGUGUUGAAACAACUCCUGAAGCUACUGCCAGAGAAGCACGAGAUCGAUAAUUUGAAGUCCUUCCAAGGAGAAAGAAGCAAGCUUGCUAACGUCGACCGCUUCUACACCACGCUCCUCGACUUGCCGUGUUAUCAGCUGAGGAUUGAAUGUAUGCUGUUGUGCGAGGAGACGUCAUCAGUGCUGGACACACUCAUGCCAAAGGUCAAGCUGGUGGAGGAGGCCUGCCAGUCUCUUAGGGUGAGCACGCUCGUACCCAGUUUCUGCAGGCUCAUCCUUGACGUCGGGAAUUUUCUCAAUUAUGGAAGUCACACGGGGAAUGCAGAGGGUUUCAAGAUCAGCUCUCUGCUCAAACUCACAGAGACCAGGGCCAACAAGAGCCGCAUUACACUGCUUCAUCACAUCCUGGAGGAAGCAGAGGCGAACCACCCGGAGCUGUUGGCGCUGCCAGACGAUAUGGAGAUCUGUGAAAAAGCAGCAGGAGUUAAUCUGGAAUCCCUGCAGUCUGAAACAAGUACCUUACUCAAACGACUGAGCGACACGGCCAAGAAGGUCUCCAACUCGGUUGAAGAGGUCAAGGAGCAGUAUGCGGAAAUCCUUGAAGAAAAUAUGAAGGUGUAUCGAGCAUUCAGCGAAAGGUUCGCCGAGAUUGACAAGAAGAGGAGUGAGCUGGCGGUCUACUUGUGCGAGGAUGCGAGUCAGCUGUCGCUCGAGGAUCUCUUUGGAACCUUAAGGACUUUCCGGGAGCUUUUCAUCAAAGCACUGAAGGACAACAAAACCAGGAGGGAGCUGGCAGCCAAGGCUGAGAAGAGAAAGAAGCAGCUGGCAGAGGAAGAGUCCAAGAGACAGAAGGGAGAGAAUGGAAAAAUAAUCAAGAAAGGCUUUGUUCCACAGGAUGACGGCUGCAUCAUUGACCACCUGCUGGCAGAUAUCAGGAAAGGGUUCAGCCUAAGAAAGACCAGGCCAAGGUGCGAUUCGGAAAGCCUCCCUUCUAGUGAAAUGCGUAGGGAUACCUGCCCACCUGGAGCAAGUGUCAAGCCUGCAGAAGGAGAAGCCGCAGGAUCAGCCACCAGCUCCACUCUCACCACGCCUCAGACAGAGGGUCACCAGGUCAGCGUGGGCGAAAUGAACGGUUUCAUCAGUCCAACAGGAGAGGUUCCGCCGGUGCCGCCGAGUGCCGUGUCCGACAGUCCAGCUGCUCCUCCCAACACACUCCCAGAAGAGCCAACCCUCACAAGCCAGGCACACCCAGAGAGACCUGCGUCGCUGCAGACAGGACAACCCCCGGAGGAGCCUGCGGCGUCACAACCUCUGCCUCAGGUUGAAGGGGAUCCCGCCGCAAAUGGUUUUUCCUCCGAUUCCGUUGAUACCAGCGUCCUCAGCCCAUCCUCUCUCUCAGACUCCGACCUGCUGGACGCCACUGCCAGCCUGCUGCCCGAGAAGCCGGUGCACGAGCCGCCACCUCACAUCACCGGCGAGGGCGGUCCUUUACCAAAUACAGACGUUGCUCAGAGUAGUGAAAGCAAUAAAAAAGGACGCGAGACGAGUAAUAAACUAAGCCAUUUGACCGAGACUGUAGAGAAAGGGGACAAUGGAGAAGAGCGGGAGUCCAUUAUUACCAGAAUGUACAGCCAAGAAGAGGCGACGAGUCUCAAGCACUCGCGCCCUAAGAGUAAUGUGAUCACACUGAGCGAGGGCAACGAAGUGUGCGACGUCCCAGAUGGACCGGAAGAACACGACGGGCCGCCGGUGUCUGAAGUGGUGCCUCAGCCCUCGCAGGCCGACGUCAAAACAUCGCACAGUUUCUUUAAAAGAAACAAAAAGAAGAAUAAACAAGGUAAUCGAUCAGUUAACCUAAAUAAACCGCAUGCUUGGAAUGCUAGUCUCUUGACUUCUCUUAAAGGGGAAUCUAUAUUUGUUUUGUUUUUAUUGCAUUUUUUUGUGUUUUUUAUUAUUAUUAUCAUUAUUAUAAUUAUUAUUAUGCAUGGGCUAUUUUAGACGUACGUGACUACAUGCCUUUUUAUUAAAGAGUGCGAGCGCAGUGUCUAGAGCCUGAUUUUGCAGAUGUUUCAAAAAUACUGAAUGGAUUUUGAAGUCUCUGGUCCGUGUGUUUGAAUGCUCUGUUCUCCGUUUUGACUCUCUGACACACAAGGUAACAGUGGGAAAGGACACACUAAACAUAAAAAGGGCUGUGUUUUGCAGUGAGGUAGGUCAAAUCGAUGGGAUGGCGAGCAGUAAGCAGGACCACCAUCCUGCCGAAAAACCUCGAACCACCGCCGACUCUGUCACAAAUAACACGCCAUUUGUCGAUCUAACUGGAAUCUAGACUUCAUUUGUCUGUGUUGUCCGGCUUUUAACUCUCACUCUCUCUUUAACGCUUUUCUAACGCAGUGGUUAUCAAACCCCAAAAAAAAACAAACCCCGAACCGUAUUUGAGCCGAUGCACAUGUCUUGAGGUGAUUCAAAUGUCCAACCUGGGGGGGCGGGGGAAACUAUUUUUAAUCUAUACAUAUAUAUAUGAUUAAUCUUCUUUUAUCCGUGAGCUAACAUCAGUGUUCUGACCUCAAGCAGCCUUGCAGUGUGUGGCGUCUCGUGAAGUCAUCGUGGACUGAGUUGUUUCAUGACAGCUUUCACUUUUGGUGUCUUUUUUUCCUUCCAUAUUUCCUUGUCCAUUCCCUAAAUAAGCAACUGGGACUGUUUUGUUUUUUUGUGUUGUUUAUUUUAUCCUCUAACAACACACACACACCCACACACACACACUCAUGUGCUUCCUGUAAAGCGUGCUUUGUUUACAUGACUGUAAUGAAAGAUGCUACAUGUGCUGUUAAUACAUUAAAAAAAACAUUUAAAUAGUCAUAUCUGCAUGCCAAACAAUCAUGAAUAAAUGUCUCUGCCAUAAGAGCAGUUUUAUGCAGUUUUUAAUGAUGGCAUAUUAAAAGUACUUUUUAUUCCAUGCAUUCAUUUUAGCCUUUGUUUCCUACAGGUGACUCCAGGAAACGGAGAUCGAGAGGCAAAAGAAAAUUAUAAGUUAUGAACUGGAAGAAGGACUACAGUGUGUGUGUAUAUAUAUAUAUAUAUAUUAGUCUGUGAGACUACAUAUUAUACUGUAUAUUGACUUGCCCUCAAGAGGAUGCAGGAGAGAACUUCUGUGCCUGGGGUUCCUCCCAGCGUUGAUGUCAACAUUUGUCACUUUAUGUAAAUGUUCAAAAAGUAUGAAUAUUCUUUGUAUGUUUUGUAUAGUUGUUGUAAUAAUGCAUCAGAUUUUCCGUUAGCCUUUUCCAACGCCUUUUGGCGCAAGAUCAUUUACUCUCUUUACACUUUGAAGCAAAAUAGCAUAGAAAAAUAUAUUUAUUGCUUUGCAUAUAGGAUUCAAGUCUCUGACAUCAUGUAAUGGAUUGUACCUUUUAAUGUUUAGUAUAUUUUAAUAAAAAUGAUUGUUCAA